GUCAUGCUGAGUGGGAAGAACAGGUUGAAGGGACCAAGGAAGAGCCCGGGGAAGCCGGCAAGUCCCCAGUCACCCUGGGAAACCGGUCCAGCCAGUGUCUGCCCUGCCAUCUGGCACACAAAUCGGGCUGGGCGAGCCUCGGCAGUCUCGGGGAGCCACCUCAGACAGUCAGGACCGGCGCUCGGCUCCUCGGCAUCUGGCUGGCCCUUUGGCAUCCCCAUAGGGCCCAAGAUGGAGACUCCAGAGGGAACCCGGGGCUGCUUCUCAUUGGUCCUGCUGUCGACCUCAGUCCUGGCCCUCUGGCUGCCCCAGGGUGCCCAGGCAGCUCUCCAUAUCCAGAAGAUUCCAGAGCAGCCUCAAAAGAACCAGAGUCUCCUCCUGUCCGUCCAGGGUGUCCCUGACACCUUCCAGGACUUUGUCUGGUACCUGGGGGAGAAUGCGGAUGGAGGCACGAGGCUGUUCACCUACAUCCCUGAGCUCCAGCGGCCCCAGAGGGAUGGCAGUGCUAUGGGACAGCGGGACAUUGUCGGCUUUCCCAACGGUUCUAUGCUGCUGAGGCGUGCCCAGGCUUCCGACAGCGGCACCUACCAAGUCGCUAUCACCAUCAACCCCGCCUGGACCAUGAGGGCCAAGACAGAGGUCCGGGUGGCCGAGAAGCAGGAGGGCCUACCCGCCACUGCUGCAUACCUGCCCAUGAACGCUGGCAUCAUGGUGGCCGCCAUCGUGGGGCCCCUGGCCACCGGGGCCCUGCUCAUCGGCGGCAUCGUGUGGCUCCUGGUGACGAGAGACCGCAGGGCUCAGGGCCCCAGAGAGACCAUAGAGAAGCUGGAGCUGAGCCCCCAACCCAACACUGGUGACAACAUCUAUGAAGUGAUGCCAUCUCCAGCCCCCCUGGUGUCCCCCCUCAGGGACAUGGGGACCACGAACUCAGCUGCGGCCCCCGGCCCGCCCCCGCCCCUGCAUCCAGAGCCGGAGAACCACCACUACCAGGACCUGCUGAACCCCGACCCUGCCCCUUACUGCCAGCUGGUGCCCACAUCCUCCUGAGGGCUCCAGGAGCCAGGCCGUCCAGGAGGGGGUGCUGCAGAAAAGACCCCUGAGACCCCAGGACAUGGCCCUCAGGAUCCCGUGAGCUAGACCCGCCCACACACCCAGCGUCAUGGAGCACAGGAGUUGAGGGGACAGGGCAGUGACAGGCCCAGCUCCUCACACAGCCUGUGUCUGUGGAAGACGGCACCACCUCGGCCAGGGCACAGCCCCAUCCGGAUGUCUGGGGCCCCUCAGGUGGCCUCAUGCUCAGCCCCUUGUCCGGCUCCAGCUCUCCAUCCUCAGCGUCCCACCCCCUCCCCUGGGGACAGGGCUGCCACCACCCGUGUCCCGGGGCUGGCCCCAGAGGACACUCCUGGCAAACCACCUCGGCCGCUGGCCCUGCUCCACCAGGACAGCUCCAGCCCCUCUCAAAAUUCAGCCCCUCAGAACUUGCUGCCAACUUCUGGGUGUCGACACCCGGCCCACCCCAAUCCCUCAGGGCAGUGACAUGCUCUACCCGUCCCACCCCUGUCCCAAGUAUGGGCUCCCGUGUCACCCUUUGAUUCAUUCAUUCACUCAACAAUAAAUGAG